AUGCAAAUCCUUUCCAACACGCAAUCACGCAAUCCUCACAAACCACGCAAUGCCAAACCCUCAACUGCAAUAUAUCUAUGUACUAACCAACGACACAAACAUUUACCCCCCUCCAUCUUCCAAUGCAUAUUCAUUCGUAACAUAUUUCUUUCUGGCUCUAUCUCUGUUGUUGUCUUUAGGACUUGCUUCGCAAGCACAUUUGACUUAUAUAACCCUGCUACAUUUCAAUUCAUAAUUCCUGACGUACACCGAGCAUCAUUCAUCCUUCUCCUCUUGGUCUCCCUUCGCCUCCAUCCUGUUUUCUAUCUUCCCAGAUGUAUCACCAUCGUAGGCUUACUUACAACAAUACCGAUCACAUAUUCCGUUCCUCGACCAACUUGACGUCUCUUGCCAAGUCGUACAUAGAGCAUUAAAUCUAUGCAGAAGCAUGCAU